AUGGGUGCCAGCGCUAAGAGAAAGAAGGAGAGGCAACAGGACUUCCAGAAACCUAAACUCAAGGUUGGCAAGGCCAGACCCAAACCGGAUAACUUCACCGAUACCAGCUUCAAAUCAAAAGCAAUUGUCCUCACACAACAAUCCCUUCAACUCACAGCUCCCACCUCCAAUGCACAAUUCUCCCACCACCUCUCCCUCCUCACAUCCAAAUCCGACACUCAACGUCGCGACUCUCUCGCCCACUUGACCUCGUCCAUCACCUCCAGACCCGUCAAUUCUGCUCUCCCACAACCAGUCAGCGUCAUGCUCCCAUCUCUCCUCCCCCUCCUCCUAGACGGUAGCAACAAUGUCCGCACACAACUCCUGAAACUCCUGCGCACACUCCCCACCUCCGACGUAGAGGACCAUGUCGUCCAACUUCUCCCCUACGUCCGCGCAGGAAUGACUCAUCUAGCAGCCGACAUCCGCGUCUCAGCCGUCGAGGUCUUAUCCUGGAUCGUCGAGUCCGCAGGCGAACAAGUCGUAUCCUGCGCAGGAGGCUGGAUCAAGACGCUAAAUUGCUUCCUGUCAGUGCUGGGAUGGCAUACCGAGGAAUCAGCGCGGUGGUCGUCGAAUCGGGCUUCAUUUGGCAAAUCGGGUAGUCAGGGACGACCUAUGAUUAAGGUUCUAGGAGCGUUGGCGGGAUUUUUGGAGGCGGGUGUUGGGGAGCCUAAUGCUGUUGGUGAACAGCAGAUUGAUGUUGAUUCUGCUUGGCCUUUUCCAUUGUGUCAGACGGCUCAUCAUAUGAUUACGGAUGCUUCGGCGCCGUAUGCUUAUUUGAAUCUUUUUGGUCAGCCGCGGGAUGCGGAGGGGGAGAUGUAUGAGACGAGGGAGGAUCGGUUUAGGGUCUUUGCCACUCGGUUUUUGCCUGCCAUUGAGCGUGGGCUGAAGAAUGCGAGGGAAGAGGGUGGAGAGUUGGGGAGAGCUUCUUCUGGGGUGACUAAGGUGCUGAAGGGAGCUCUGUCUUAUGGACCUGGGCCGUGA